AUGUUGGAAGAUGAAAAGGAGGCUGACUGCCCCACGCCGGGCCCUAGCCGCGACUGCGCCAGGAGAUCGGUGUCUGUAGGCAGGUGUAAAAGGCGGUGUGGACGGACGACGGCGGGUUUGGAGGGGACCCGAGCGCCCCACCGCGAAGGCCGGCCGCCUGGCUCCCACCCAGAGACCCGGCCCCCGGCGCCGGACGCCCUACAGCCACCCGCUAGGGAGCAGCGCAGGGCAGGCAGGCAGGCAGGUGGGGCGGCAAGCGAUGAGUCCUCGGCGCCUCCUCCGCCUCCCGCGGGCCCCGCUCUCUGCCUCCCGCUCCGACGCCCGGAUGAUCUGAGCCGCGAGGGCUCCGAGAGCCGGGGGCCCGGACCCAGCCCGGCUCCUCCCCUCCUUCUGCCCGGGCCCGGCCGCCGCCGCCGCUGCCGCCGCCGCCGCGGGACCCCGUGCCCGGCUGCCGUCGUCGCCGUCGCCACCCAGGUCGACCAAGGGACCCGCCCGCCCGCGGCUGCUCCGGGUAAGCGCGUCGCUCGGGCGAGGGCGGGCGGGCGGGCCUGCGCGGCGGCGGCGGCGGCGGCGGCCAGGCCUGGGGCCUGUAAACAAGCCGGGCGUUUGCCCGGGCGCUCCCGGGAGGAGACGCGACAACUCCUCCCCCUGGGCGGCCUCCUCCCGGAGCCCGCGGCGGGCGGCGAGGGGUUAACGCGCGGCGGGGGCGGGGGCAGGCUGUGCGCGGCGGCGGGGAGGGGGCGCGACCCUCGGGCGGGCGGGGCGGGCCACCAGCGGCCCCGGAACUUUCGGGGGAGCCCGAAGCGAGGCCGCCCCUUGGAGCUGACCAGCCCCGCAGUCCCCACGAUUUGGAAACUCUGCCGCUGGGCCGAAAGUGAGGCCCCUAACUCGGUAGUGAUGCCUCCAGUUCAUUCAUUAUUCCGGCUUUGA